AUGCGCGAGGCCUCCGGCGCAAGGGACGGCCCUGCUGAUUGUGCGGAGGAUACGCGCGGGGCGGCGGGGCCCCGGACUUCCGACGGGUGGUUUAAGAGAUCGGCCCUGGUAGGCACGGGGGAAGGGGACUGGGGGGGCGAUAUCGCGGAGGAUGGCGAGGGGGGGGGGGCGCAAGUGAAUUGCGGAGAAUCAAGGGAGGGAAGCGAUGAGGCAGGGCAAGUUGAGGAGGGGCGGCAAACGGAUCGGAAGAAGGAGGUGCGGAGGUGCAGUCGAAAGCGAGAGGUGGAAAAGCUGCUUCUCCCGGGGCUGUUGGCGCAGAGUCCGCCCACGAGGAGGCGCAGAUCUGUUGCUGUUUCCGCUGAUGCUGCCUCGGGAGCUGCUGUAGCGACAGGGAAAGGGAGGGGAAUCGGGCCACUGGAAGGAGAUGGGAACGGGGAAGGGAUAGGGAAGGAAAUUGCGAGGGAGGCAGGAAGUGGGGGAGAAACUUGUAACGGCCCCGAAGACGGGGCAGGGGCAGGGACUAGGAGAGGAAAGGGGCGAGAGGGCGUGACAGAGGGUGUGGAGGAGGGUGGAGGGGUGCUAGGGCAAGCUGUAGCAUCAGCGCCAGGUGCAUCAAUGGUGGGGGGCACAGGAGCAGAGUCCGGCGCAGAGGCAGUACCACGAGCAGCAGCAGCAGCAGCAGGUACGGCUGGCAAGGGUGGUGCUGCUGCUGGUUCGUCUGGACGGGGCCCGGCAAGGGUUACGGCGGGUGCGGGGGGUAUAGGGAGAGCUGCGGCGGCAGGUGGGCCAACAGAGGGAUCGAGGGAGGAGAGUGCGAAGGAGGCGAGAGGGAUUGCGGAGAGGACGGGGAGGACCGAGAAUGGGGGGAGGAGAGGCAACGCAGACGCUCGAGGUGCCAAGAGAGGAACACGGCAAGGCUUGGAUCGAGGGGCGAACGCAGCGGCGAGCGCGGGGCCGAACGUGGGAGUAAGAACGUGGGCGAACGGACGGCCUCGGGAUGAGGGGAAGGCGACGUCUAGGGAGGGAGAGGUGGGUGAAGGGGCUGCGACAGAAGGGAGGGGGGCGAGGGCGGCAAAGCGAGAGUUGGGGAGGAGGGUGACGGGUGAGGCAAAGGGCAAGCGGGUUGUGGGAGGGAGGGGUCGUGGCGUUCUAUAUUCGAAGAGUCCCACGAGCAGCGGACGUGCAGUUGAGGUGGAGACCGAGGGAGGUGGGAGGGGUGAGGAACAUAUUCGAAAGAUCGGGAGAAUCGCAUGUCAGGAGAAGGGUGAGGGGGGCGUGAGGGAGAGCGCUAGUGAGGAGUUUUGGGGGUGUGAGGCCGAUUGUGCGAGCGUGGAUGCACACGAGUAUGAGGUAGAGUGUGAGGAGGAGGAGGCGUGUGGUGUGAUGGGAGAGGCGUGGGGGGGUGAAGAGGGGCGCGGGAGAGGAGAAGGGGUUCGGAAGACGCCUUUUGCAGGUGGUCAGAGAGGGAGGGUGAGUGAUGGAGGGCGCAGAGAGAAGGGAGUUGAAGAUGGGGGUGCUGCGCGGGCGGUAUGGCGAGCAGAUGGGAAAUGUGGAGGGGGGAGCAAGCGGAAGCAAGCAGAGCUGGGGAUGGGGGGAGCGGAGGGCGUGGGUUGGGGGGUUGGAAGUAGGGACGAGGAAGCGGGAUACGGAGUGGGAGGAGUGGGAUUUGUGAUGGGGGUGAAGCCACCACGAGCAGUGGGUGCGGGGAUUGGUGUCGUUGUCUCUCAUCUUCUGUAUCUAGUCAAACCGCACCUGCAUCGAUUGCCCUCCACCGUGUUCUCUCUUAUAGGCCACGUCGGCUAUGCUGGAAUCUUAUAG